AUGCCAAAACCACGGGCGUCAGUUUCGAGGAGAAGGAUGCUGGGAUAUUUCGCAUUCGCAGUGGCCGUUUGUUGGGGAGCCUACUCGUACUUCUUCCAAACACGAAUCAUUCCAAUCAGCAACUGGGGCCUAUCGACGAACAACGAAGGAGUCAGCGUUCAAAAGGGAUCCGAAGAGGAAGGUAAAGAUGCGUAUGGGUUGAACGCGCAGCCCAGCCUGGCGGGAAUGACACGAUUGAUGGACCUAUCUCCCAAAUACAUUCCAGAGACCGGCAAGCAUCGCCAUGGCGGACGUUUGAUAGUGGUGGGUGAUGUACAUGGCAUGAAGGAAUCAUUAGUAGCGCUGCUGGACAAGGUCAAAUUCAACGAGAAGCGCGACCAUCUGAUACUGGCUGGUGAUAUGAUUUCGAAAGGCCCGGAUUCAAAGGGGGUGGUGGACUUGGCUAUGAAGCUUGGCGCAACAGGAAUCCGAGGAAAUCAUGAAGACCGGAUUAUUCUCGCACAUGCAGAUAUGGAAGCGGAACAUCGAGACACUGGACUUCCAGGCCCGACUGAGCCUAUGGACAAGCAACAAGAUACGUUGGAGGAGGAAAGCUUCAACCAUGGGGACUACAAGGACAGGAGGUUAGUCAAACAGCUUGGCGAGAAGCGAAUCAAGUGGCUGAAGAAGUGUCCUGUUAUUUUACGGGUGGGGGAUUUGGGUGAUAUGGGAGAGGUUGUGGUUGUUCAUGCUGGUCUGACUCCGGGAGUCAGUCUGCACAAGCAGGAUCCAGUUCAAGUAAUGAACAUGCGGACCAUCAAACACGGUGUUCCAAGCGACAAGAGAGAGGGUACGGUAUGGACUAAGGAAUGGAAUAAAUACCAGAAAUCUGUGCCAAAGAAGCAUCGUCAGACGGUCAUCUACGGACACGACUCAAAGCGAGGACUGCAAAUGAAGAAGUAUAGUAUGGGAAUUGACACGGGAUGUCUGAAGGGCGGAAAACUUACCGCUGUUGUCAUUGAGGGAGGUCACUCGGACCAUAAAUACACAUUACAUCAUGUGAAGUGUAAAGACGGACGAGACAGGUAA